CCCCACGGCAAGAUCGCGGUGGAUUGGGACCCGGAAAUCAUGACGAUCUUAGCUGCCCCCCGAAUCAGCACGCUCGCUCUCACCAGUCAAUCUUUUCCGAUCUCAACUUCGGCCAAGAGCAUGCUCCUUUCUUUCCUCACUCCAGCGUAACCCGGUAUAAGGGUACUUGGAGCUCAGGCGUUGGGGUCUCCAGCCUUACUCCUACUAUCUUUAACUGUUGUUGUGGCUUGUCGCUCUUUAUUAUGGCUCUCGAGAAAGCCCAGCUCGGGCCCCUUGGGUGGUUCUACAUUGGUUUCGAGAUUUUUUGGAAUGUUUCGCUCGUUGCUGCGAUGACCUUCCUGUGGAGGCACCGCGAACUUCCCUCUGUUCGUAUGAGAAAGCUUCCCCUUCUGUUCACCGGUGUCGGCGCCCUUCAUAUCUAUGGCGCCAUCAGUAUUUGGGCGUACCCAUUUGGCGCUUAUUUUCCUUGCUCAGUUAUCUUCUGGAUGAUGAGCAUCCUCGUUCCCGUUGGUAUGGCGAUGUUUCAGGCCGCCAAUACCCAGUUCCUUUAUGUAGCAAGCCGGCAGAAGCAACUUGCUCACAUGAGCACACUAAAAGACCAAAAGCCAAUCAGUGAGAAAGAGGCCGCAUCGAUGGGCAACAGUCGGUUCAAAAGGAUCAUCUCCGGAGUUGAGAGAGCCGAUAAAGUUGGUCGCUCCCUGGUGUUCAUCGGGAUCGGUAUGAUCGUACAGAUCGCAGUCUCAUUGCUUGUGUUCCUUGGUUCCGAGAAGUUCCAUCCCGGUUGGGGUCUAUGGAACUACAAUGUGAAGGGUACCGAAGCAGAGCUGUACCUCAAGUGUAACCAGGGCUGGGAGUGGUGGGCAUCAAUUGUCUGGCAGUUCGUCUGGGCCUGGAUCUACGCACCUUACAUGAUCUGGAAGAGCAGAGGAGUCCGUGAUGUCCACGGUUGGCGACUUCAGACUAUUUGCUGUUGUAUUGCAGGACUUCCAGCGUCCCCUCUCUGGCUUGCAGGUCUCUACUCUCCUUCAAUGGCACCAGUUGGCGCCUAUGUUCCUCCACCGAUCUGGUUCGGUAUCUUCAUCUUUCUCAUGGAAAUCAUCACCCUCGGCUUCCCAAUCGUGGGUGUCUUCAAAGCCCAGAGUCUCCGACGCGAGACGUUGGAAGCUAUAGCUGAAUGGGAAAACCGUCAAGCUUUGAACAGUCUCGAUGGAACCAUCGUUGCUGAAGAAUCGUUGAAGGAUGGCAGUUUGUACUCUGAGACUAACUCUAAGACAACGACCCUCAGAUCUGGUGGCGAUUUUACCAUUAACAGUUUGGAAUCGACUAAGUCCGGCAUGCUCACGAUGACAGCACUUGAGAAUACGCUCAGGACAAACGCAGCUCCGCUACUGGAAUUUGCUGCUCUCAAAGACUUUUCGGGCGAGAACAUCAGCUUCCUAACUCACGUUGCUGACUGGCGAAGAUAUUGGUUCACACCUAAGGCUUCCACUGCUGAUCACCGUCGCCAGCAGUUUAUUGCUGCUACCCACAUCUACGCUCGCUUUAUAUCUCUCGAAUUUUCUGAAUUUCCCAUCAACAUCUCCUCCAGAGAGAUGAAACGCCUCUACCAAAUCUUCGACGGCGCGGCAGUCAUGCUAUACCGUAACAAACGCGGAUCGCUCUCUUCAGAAAUCUCUGAUUCGGCUACACCUUUCGACAAUGUCCAACCAGAUAAUAUGUCCACAUCUCAUUCGCACAACGGACCACCCAGCCCUACCGGUUCAACCUUUGGCCUGAGAGAGCUGGAUGCACUCGGCCGUGCAAAUCUCAGGGCAGUGUCUCGCUUGGACGGGCUGUACUCUGACGAGAAGUUCGCAGAAAUCGAGAUUCCUGAUGCGUUUGCAGAGAUCAUCUUUGAUUUGGCCGAGAGCGAGAUCAAAUACCUGGUCCUGACCAAUACCUGGCCGAAGUUUGUCAAUGCUGGACGUGCCGCAAGCCAGGUUAGCAAAGACGAAGAGUCAGGCAAUGGAUGGAAGCAGAAGAUGCUGUGCGAUCGAAACUAGGUUGUUGCCGUGUUCUCAUUAUUUGCACUUUACUUGCGCCUCUUGCAGGCAGUUUUCACGAGGCCUUCCUUUAGUCUGAGCUUGUCAUCACCAAACGGUCGAUGUAAUUGAUAUGAUACCAAUAAAUACUUUCA